AUGAGGUCUUCCGCUGAGUUGGAAAGCAUCCGAUUUGGGGUGUAUUUGUGCACAUGCACAGGCACAUCCCUAACCAUAAAGUAUAUUCGAAUCGUUGGGACUCACAACACAGUGAACAAGAUUUUUCACAUUGUGGCUUUUGAAUGUAUGUUUACAAACAAAGCCUUCACUAUUGAGAAGGGACUGAUAGUUCCCACAGAGAAUGUUGCAACAAUUGCUGAUUGUGCCAGUGUGAUUGAAGGAGUCAGUCGGAGCCGAAAUGCUUUGCUGAAUGGAGACACUAAGAAUUAUGACUGGGAUUCUGGCUACACAUGUCACCAGCUAGGAAGUGGUGCCAUUAUGGUUCAGUUGGCACAGCCAUACAUGAUUGGAUCAAUACGGUUGCUACUUUGGGACUGUGAUGAUCGAAGCUAUAGCUACUACGUUGAGAUUUCUACCAACCAGCAACAGUGGACCAUGGUAGCCGAUAGAACUAAAGUCUCCUGCAAGUCCUGGCAGUCAGUAACUUUUGAAAGACAGCCUGCCUCCUUCAUCCGGAUCGUUGGGACACACAACACAGCCAACGAGGUGUUCCACUGUGUCCACUUUGAGUGUCCAGAGCAGCAGAAUAGCCAGAAGGAGGAAAACAGCGAGGAACCAGGGACAGGAGACACCAGUCCGGCUGGUCAGCAGCUUGACCCUCACGCCCUGCGGGCCCCUGGCGGCAACUCACUGCCCUCCAGCCCAGGUUCCAACUCACGCUCACCCAACCGGCAGCAUCAAUAAAGGAGGCAGUGGGCCUGUGGGACUCGGUGUGCCCCAACAACAGCAGGAAGUGGCGUGUUCUCCCUGAGCAGGGGCUUUGUUGACUGCCUCC